CUGUAUCCCAUUUGUUCAAGUUACCACCCACCACGUCAUCAUUGACUUUCCCAAGAAUCCCAACCACCUUUAGACAAUGCCUCUGUAGAUCCCAACCCCCAAAAUAACACGAAGAACCGAGGUCUGAAAGGUGAAACCGAAACCCCAAAGAUUUGCAUUGAAGAAGUUGUAAUGGGGACUGAGAAUACCUCAGGCGUAGAGAUUUCAGAGCCUUUGCUAAAUGAAGCUGAGAAGAUCAGCGACGUUGAAUGCGAGGAGAUAAUUCCAGGUUGGGAAGAUCAGAUCACGAUCAGAGGUUUGGUGGCGAGUGCUCUGUUGGGGACACUCUUCUGUAUAAUCACCCACAAGCUCAAUCUCACGGUCGGCAUUAUUCCUUCCCUAAAUGUCGCCGCUGGAUUGCUAGGCUUCUUCUUCGUCAAGUCCUGGACCAGCUUUUUAUCCAAAUUAGGGUUUUCGGUGCAGCCCUUCACCAGACAGGAAAACACUGUGAUUCAGACCUGCGUCGUCGCUUGUUAUGGCCUCGCUUUUAGCGGGGGGUUUGGUUCAUAUUUGCUUUCCAUGGACGAGAGAACAUACAAACUGAUUGGUGAGGAUUACCCUGGUAACCGGGCAGAAGACGUUAAGAACCCUGGCUUGUUGUGGAUGACUGGUUUCAUAUUUGUUGUUAGUUUCCUUGGCCUUUUUAGCCUUGUUCCGCUCCGUAAGGUUAUGGUCAUGGAUUAUAAGCUUACAUUCCCCAGUGGAACUGCCACAGCAAUGCUGAUCAAUAGUUUCCACACAAAUACUGGUGCUGAACUUGCAAGGAAACAAGUGAGUUCUCUUGGAAAGUAUUUGAGCAUUAGCUUUUUUUGGAGCUGCUUUAAGUGGUUCUUCAGUGGCAUUGGGGAUUCAUGCGGAUUUGACAAUUUUCCAAGUUUCGGCCUGACACUCUUCAAGAACACGUUCUAUUUUGACUUUAGUCCAACUUAUGUUGGAUGUGGUCUUAUUUGCCCUCAUAUAGUCAAUUGUUCUGUCCUUCUUGGAGCAAUCAUAUCAUGGGGUUUCCUGUGGCCCUUCAUUUCUCAACGUGCUGGGGAUUGGUAUCCAGCUGACCUUGGUAGCAAUGAUUUUAAAGGUCUCUACGGAUAUAAGGUCUUCAUAGCCAUUUCCCUUAUUCUUGGUGAUGGCCUUUACAAUUUGAUUAAGAUAAUAGGGAUAACUGUUAAGGAAAUUUGCAGCAACAGUACCAAACAAAAUAAUCUUCCAGUUGUAAAAGAUUGCCUAGAUAGUGAGAGUUCCAAAUUACAAUUAGAGCAGAGAAAACGAGAUGCUGUUUUCUUGAAAGACAGUAUACCUACCUGGUUUGCAGGUUGUGGAUACGUGGGCCUGGCUGCAAUAUCUACAAUUACAUUACCAAUGAUCUUUUCGCCGCUUAAGUGGUAUUUGGUCCUAUGCUCCUAUAUUAUGGCCCCCGCUCUUGCCUUCUGCAACUCUUAUGGAACCGGGCUCACAGACUGGAGUUUGGCCUCAACUUAUGGAAAAAUUGGUCUUUUCAUCCUUGCUUCAUUGGUUGGAAGCAAUGGUGGAGUUCUAGCUGGGUUGGCAGCUUGUGGGGUUAUGAUGUCCAUUGUGUCGACUGCGGCUGAUCUAAUGCAAGAUUUUAAGACAGGUUACCUCACUCUAUCAUCAGCCAAGUCCAUGUUUGUGAGCCAGUUAGUUGGAACAGCCAUGGGUUGUGUCAUUGCACCCCUCACUUUUUGGUUGUUUUGGAGUGCAUUUGAAGUUGGGUCCCCUGAUAGUCCGUAUAAAGCGCCAUAUGCUGUCAUCUACAGGGAGAUGGCCAUUCUCGGAGUUGAGGGCUUCUCUGAGCUGCCAAAGCAUUGCCUGGCCCUAUGUUGUGGGUUCUUUGUGGCAGCUCUGGCUGUAAACUUUCUGAGGGAUGUGACACCUACAAAAGUUUCCCAGUUUAUACCUAUUCCAAUGGCAAUGGCUGUACCAUUUUAUAUUGGAGCUUACUUUGCAAUUGACAUGUUUGUUGGGACUGUGAUAUUGUUCGUGUGGGAACGAAUUAAUAGGAAAGAUGCAGAAGAUUAUGCAGGGGCAGUUGCUUCAGGUUUAAUUUGUGGUGAUGGGAUCUGGACAAUACCGUCAGCAAUCCUAUCCAUUUUGAGGAUCGAUCCACCCAUCUGUAUGUACUUUAGGCCUUCUAUAAGUAGCUGAGCCGGCAAACUUGUGUGUUAAUUACUCGUUCUUCUGAAUUCCGAUGUUGUUGGGAUCUGUAAAUAUGCUCUAUACGAUUUAUCAUUGUACCAUAUUUGUGUGUAUCUCUGUCGAAAGGAAAUGGUGUCCGAGGUUUUCUUACCAUAUAGACAUUGACAUUCAGCCUCUCAACCAUUUGGCAUGGAACAGGGGGUAUAACUGCUGCUUUUGUACAACUUAUGCCACUUGUCUGGGUAUUUCUUUAGAUUUUU